CCUACAGGGUAAGGCGUUGCUCUGAAGGAGUGGCAGAGAAACAGACUCUCCCAUAAAGCAGGUCUGUCCUCUGGAUGGACGAGGUCUACACUUGACUAUACGACAGAGCAGCUGUCUGAUUAGGACUUUAUUCUUAUUUUUCCCAGUACAAAUCUUGCUAUGCAGGUAUGAUGCUGACUUUUUAAGGAAUCUCUGAUGCCCUGAAGAGAUCUACUGCUGACUUUUUUUUUAAAAACACCUCGACUUAAAGAAUUUCUGUUAUAUCGUUGAUAUUUUUCACUCAUUUUUCUCACCAUCAAGACAUGGUUCUCUGGAUUAUCUUCCCCAUCCUCCUCUCUCUGGUGUCCUGCAUUGGAACAUGGAGUGUAUAUGGCAUUGCUCUCGCAAACUAUCACGUGUGCUCUCUCAGUGACUGGGGGGAUGACAACUAUUGCAAAGGGAAUCAGACCACUGGAUGCUGUUUUGUUCCAACUAUAAGCUCAAGUGGAAUAAAUGCACCAGAAAAUUCCCUCUUUACAGCCACGAUCAACGCUGGAGCCUUCAUGUUCCUGCUGUUCUGUAUGUUCCAUCAUGCACACGUUAUGGAGAAACAUGCGUGUCAUGUCAUGCAGAGCAGGAUCGCGCUGGUGUUCGGUGUGGUGGCAUCCAUGGGGGCAUUUGCAGCUGGAAACUGCAACCCGGGUUACCUGGCUCUCCUGCACUACUUUGGUGCUGCCGUCAGCUUCAUGUGCAUCUGCUUCUACACCGUCCUGCUCACCUCUCUGACCAGGAAGUGUGUCCUGACUGGCUAUGAGAAGAUUCUCCACCCGCUGCGCACCUUCUCUACUGUAGUCCAAGCUAUCGUCACCAUCUGCUAUACUGUUUUGUUCACCCAGGAUCAGUACUUGUACGUCCACUUGGCGGCUGUAUUCGAGUGGAUGCUCAGUGUAAACCUUGAGCUUUUUGAGCUCAGCUACGCCGUGGAGUUUUGCUUCUUCUCGUCCUACAUGAUUACAAAUCUGCUGUCCGAACGGGAGGAAGAAAAGCCUUUGAUGAUGACUCUGUCGUGAUAUGAGGCUGCCAGGGUCCAGCUGAGGAGCGUGGGCGCUGAGAAUGGACUGAGUAAGACAUCCUUAGAAACUGUGGCUGGACAGUAACAUUUUGAACUACCAUGAACCAGAUGUUGAAUGACACCUGUGGUGAGAAGUGGUUAAAAAAAUUGUAUUUAUAUGUAUAAAAAAAAUAACUUAAAGCAUACGAACAAAACACAAAGGAAUGUACUUUACUUUUGCUCAGGACACAUUGCUGCUGUGCCAACAGAACAACCUAAAGGUAUCAUACUUUUGUGUACUUAAUUUAACACUGAUCAGCCGUGACCAUUUUGACAACUGACAAGGUAAAACAAAUAACAUGAAACAUCUCUUUACAAAUGACAGCAAGUGAACAUUUUGUCCUCAAAGUUGACGUGUGUGAAGCGGGAUGAAUAGGCAUGAGUAGGAAUGUGAGCGACCUUGACAAUGCACCAUAAAUGGUUCAAGGAAGGGAAACCAGUGAACUUGCGAAAGGGUGUGUAGGCUGGCCUGUGUGGUCCUAUCCAACUGCAGAGCUAUUUGAAUGCUUGUUCUGAAACAAUGGUGUCAGAACACACAGUGUUUUGUAUCCGGCUGCUUAGUCGCAGACCUGUCAUGGUGCACAGGCUGACCCUCGUCAAGCGCCCAAAAUGCCAAGAAUGAGCCUGUGAGCAUUUGAAGUGCACCACUGAGCAAGGGAUGAGGCCCCAGAUCGCAACUUACAGGACUAACAGGAUCUGUUGCUAACGUCUUAGAUACAUCAGCACACCCUCAGAGGAAUAGUGGAGUCAGAAUCAAAGCAGCCCUGACCUGACGAGAGGGACACCUACACAACAUUAGGCAGCUGGUCAUAAUGUUAUGGCUGAUCAGUGUAUAUUUUAAUAAAAUGGUUUUUUUUUUGGUUUGUUCACAUUAACACAUUUUUUGUUGUUGUACAAAAGCAACAAGCUGUGUAAACUUCCUCUUUGUUAGCCUAACAAUGUGGAUCUGUAAGUCUUUAGCGCUUCAUAAAAAUAACAUAUAUAAGUCUGGUUAUUCUCUGUAUGCACAUAUAGGAUAGUGUAAAGAUACGAUAAAGAUAAACUUUAUUGAUCUCCCCCAUGGGCGACAUUUUUUCAUUAGGCUUAGGUACAAGGGUGGAGAACGUCGCAGUACACCCAUUCACAUAGUCUAAGGCCCUGUGACGAAACGAGAGCCAGUUAGACUGGAUGAUUCACACUGAGUGGCAUUCACACGAGUCACUUUUGACAAGUUACUCACACUGUGUACUGAAUACAAGGACGUUAAGAAAAAAAGUGACAAAUCCUGAAGAGUUGGCUUGAUCACGCACAGAGCAGUGGGUGUAGUCUGUGUCAACAUUCCUAGGUGUGGGCUGGUUACAGGUGUUUACAGGUAUCCCAGAUCAUGUUUUACAACAAAGCAGAGGGAUGUUUGCUGAAUGUAUUCCCGCCCGGAUAAUAAUAUAAUUUAUACUUCAUUGAAUGGCUUAUAGAUUUAAAUUGGUAGAUCUCAGUAUUUGUAGUCUAAUCCUUAUUUUGUCUUUGAGUGGGCGUGGCUUACUUGAAAUAGGUGAUGUCACAUACCUGGUUCAGUUAAUGUGAACAGACUGAAUGUUUUUUGUCAUAGUUUUAUAGAAAUAUAAACAAUUAUCUGAUUGCAAUAAGGAUGUUGGAUUAGAGCUUUACAGUUUUAUGGAUAUGCACGGAUCCAGGUUAUGAUUAUGAAAAUUAUCACAAUAGUAUUUGGUUUUUUUUACAUAUUUAUUCUAUUUUAUCUUUGCUUACUGUUUUUAAUAAAAUUAAAAUAUAUAUCCCAAAACAAGUGUUGUGGUUGAUGAUUAAUCUCAAUUAGAUCCUUAAUAAUAUUGACACAGUACAUAACAGACUGUUGAGUAACUAAAGCUGAGGCAAUGACUGAGGAUAGCCAGACAUCAUGAAAUGACGGCUCUCUGAGUACAGCCGAGUUUUGAAAUAACCCUUUUGAGUACCCUAACUUUGAAAUAAAAUCCAAGGGUGCUUGUCAACAAAUUCUAAAAUUAACUUAUUUGUUAAAAAAUAUUGUAUAUAUGAAGACAUUCAUACAUAUGCUAUUUAGAGGGUAUGAUGUACAAGAAGUUGUCAGUUCUUUAAAUCAGCAGUUGAAUUAUCAUUUGAUUGUCAGAGUAUCAAAUACGAUGCGUAACAGUGUUUUUGUAAAGAUGUUUCAGAGACUUCCUGCCUUCAAUGUCGCUCCAUAACUGUUGGGUGUGUUCACAGACAUAAUUAAUAAGUUCACAUAAUUUUUCCAUUGAUAGAAGUGUUU